AUGGCCCGCGUAGGUCUCGCUGGCGAACAGGCGCACCUGAUGGCCGCGCUGCUGCAGCGCCAGGCCGAGGGCGACGAAGGGCAGCGUGUCGCCCAGGCUGCCCACGGCGGCGAUCAGGAUCUUCACGGCGUCUGCGUCGCGGGCCGGCGGCCGCGCGUGGCUGCUGGACCCCGGCCCGGCGACGAGCAGGUCCGGGUAACCGAGCAGGCCGGUGCGCAGCACGUCCAGCAGCACGCCGAUGGCGAAGCAGGUCCACAGCACCAGCAGCAGCUGCACGGUGAUGCGCAGCCAGCGCCGCCCGCCCUGGCCGUUGUGAGUCAUCCAACGCCGCCGCGCCUCCAGCGCGCCGAACCAGCCGGCCAGCAGCGCCAGCGCCCCCAGCGACACGGGCGCCACGCCGAGUGCCAGGAUGAGCCAGGCCGGGCGGCCCAUCAGCCCCGGCACGCCGCGCGGCGCGAACCAGGCCAGCACGAGCACGACGACGAGCACGCCCCAGAUCAGCACGGCCGGGCCGAUCAGCGGGCCGCCGACGGCGAGCACGAUGCGGUCCUGCGGCACGGCCAGCUGCAGCGCGUCGUUGACGCCGGGCAGGCCCAGCGCCAGGCCCUCGUGGCGCCACAGCGUGCAUCUUCACGUCGGCGCAAGCGCUUCGGGGUGGCCGGCACGCCGGAUAGUCCCGCGUCCGGAUUUGCUGGCGCCGAGGGGGCGCCCAUCGCCCAUGCCUGUUCCCGAGACCUCGCCGGUGGUGCCGCCCGAAGCCGUGCCGACCCCACGUUGGCGCACGUUGUUGCUGGCGCUGGUGUCGGCGCGCCGCGCCGGCUCGCUGCUGACGCACAGCCUGCUGGCGGUGCCGACGUCGAUGUUGCCGAGCUUGGCCUUCCUGGGCCUGGCCUACGGCCUGCUCCACCUGCUGGGCAUUGA